UCAUGGGGCCCCCGGGCAAUAGGGGAUCAUGGGGCCCCUGUGUCCUUGCCCAAACUCAAAAAGCCUAUGAAAAUGGUACCAGGGGCAUCUCAUGGGGCCCCCUACUGACCCUGGGCCCUCGGGCAGUGCCCGAGUUUCCAAAUGGUCAGUCCGCCCCUGCUUACUACCCUAUGAAAAAGGUACCAAAGGCAUCUCAUGGGCCCCCCUACUGACCCCGGGGGCAAUAGGGGAUCAUGGGGCCCCUGUGUCCUUGCCCAAACUCAAAAAAAGCCUAUGAAAAAGGUACCA